UGCUGCUAAGCAGGAAAGCUCGCUAUAAUGUUUUUAGUUUGACAGCUUUCAUUUAAAAACUUAUCUAAAUCUCUAUUGGCUUACUUUUAGUUGUAGAAAAAAGUGCCGGAUUUUAUAUUAUCAUAAUGCAUUAUGAAAGAAUCAAACGAGAAUAUCCUCUUCAUUUAUGUGUUUGGCAUAACGAUUACAAAGAGUUAGAGAAGUUAUUACAGUCGUCAGAGCAUGACAUCGAGAAGAAAGAUCCAAGGGGAAGAACACCAUUAAUGCUUGCUGUUACAUUAAAUCAUUUAGAAACUGCCAGAGUCCUUCUAAGACAUGGAGCCGAUGUCAUUGUGGAAACUAAGCAGGGUUACACAGUUGUCCAUGAGGCUGUAAGCACAGAAAAUGCUCAACUCUUACAAGAAGUUUUAGAGAAAAGAGACUUUCAACGCUACAGUACUCGUGCUAUUGGGAUUCCUGAUUUACUUUCCAAAAUACAGGGUACACCAGACUUCUACAUUGAAAUAAGCUGGGAAUUCAAGAGCUGGGUUCCCUUACUGUCAAGAUUAUGCCCUAGUGAUACAUACAAAGUGUACAAAUGUGGCUCUAGUGUGCGCAUUGAUACUACACUCCUAGGAUUUUAUCAAUCUAAGUGGCAACGAGGGAACAGAAGUUAUAUCUUUAAAGGACAUGAGGAUGGUGCUGUUAUAAUGGAGGUGAAUCAUGAUUCAAGGAAAGUUUUCAUCGAACAGAUGAAGGUGUUUCCUGCUCACAUGAUGAGUGUAAUGGUUGCAUUAUCACCUUCUCCUGAGCAGGUUGCACUGCGCUUUGCUGCACCUAUUGUAGCCACUUAUGUAGAUACAGAGAAAAUAAGAUUUGAAAGCCCUAAAACAGGAAUAUUGCAUCGCAAAAAUAGUAAAACAGUGAUGGUUAAUGGCUAUGAAUGCAGGGUUUAUGUUGCAAACAAUGUGGAAUUGGUUACGAAAACCAGAACAGAACACUUAUCUGAUGCAGAUAAACGAAAAUAUAAAGCUACGCGAUCAGCAUUCCAAUCUUUUCUAGGAAUCAUGGAAGUUGAUGAGCGCACUAAUUCUAUGUCGGUGACUGGGGAAGCUCGUUCGCCAAACCCUUGUGCGAUUACACCCGAAGAAUAUUUUGAUGCACUUGUUGAUCUGAAAGGACGAGAUGUUGGAAGGCCUAGAGAAGUAUCUACAAAAAUACAGAAAUUCAAAGGAACUAUAUGGCUUUGUGAGAAUUAUCCCAUUUCACUUCAAGAGCAGCUCAUUCCCAUUAUAGAUUUAAUGGCAAUUAGUAAUCGUCAUUUUGCUAAAUUAAGAGAUUUCAUCAUGCAUCAGUUGCCUGCUGGUUUUCCAAUUAAAAUGGAAGUACCACUUUUUCGAGUUUUACAUGCUAGAGUUACUUUCGGAAAUGUGUUUGCCUUAGACUCACCAGUUCCUUGUGUCUCACCAUAUAAAAUCGAUGGCUGUUAUGCUUGUGAAGUUGAUCCAGCUUGUUUUGAUGUGCCUGAAAACUAUAUCAAAUUUGGUAACACUACUGCUAAAAGGACAACUGAAAGGCCACCCCAAACAGCUGAAGCUAUUGCAGCUAGAAGGGAUGAAAGGAGACAAAAAAUAUUGUCAAAAUAUGGUUAUUCAUCAUUUCCAACUCUUCCUGUGACUGCAACUUCUCCAAGCAGUAUGGCAUCUUCCAGUAUAUCUCAAGCUCCCCCUUCAACCAGUACUGAUGCAUCUACUCUUCCAGAUGAUACAAGUCCUCCUGAGAGUAAUAGAUCUUGGAGAUCAGUUGCUAGAAAGCUUAAAUGGGCCUUCAGUAAGCAUUGAAGUUCACUUCUACUCUAGAAAUCUUUGGAGUGUAGCGUGCAUGUUUGUAAUGAAUCUCUAGUUUGUAACAAAUAUCACGAUCUUCCUUCCAAGCAAGACAGAGAAGAUGCAAGUAUUUUAAUGCCUUUUUGAGCCAUCCAUAUCAUACAGAAAGGCCUAAGUCAUAAUCACACACAGUGUUCGUUUCAUAGUCAUCUUUUUAUAUAAGAAACUAUAUAUAUAUAUUGUAUACAUUACAUAUAUACAUAUUGUAUAUUUCUGUGUGGGUGUUUAUGUUUACAACGAUCAAAGAGCUGACCGAUAAUGUUAAUCUCCUCAAGGGAUAAAUUACUGAGCUCUUUAUUUCUCCUGUAGUCUAGAAUCAAAAUUUUAAGUGUCUUGCCUGUUUACCUCCAUUCCUUCAUAAGUAGUGGUUACUUAAAUCUCUGAAAGAUUUAUAUAUGUUUUGGUAGAAAAUUGUACAGAUAUCUGCUGUUUUUGUUUAAAGCUAAUAUUUAAAAGUAUUUCAGCUUACAAAUUAAGAAUAGGUCUAUUAUAAUAUAUUGCAUUUUAAGGAAAUCUUGACUUUUUAAAAUAUUUUUUUGACUAGAAGUAUGCUUUAAAAUGACUUUCCUAGUAAGCUCAGAUUUCUAUAUUUGUAAAUUGUAUGAAGCAGCUAGUUUUCACUUAUGAAGAGUUUAUCAUUGAGAAGAAACUUAAGACUAUGAAAUUUUUAUCUUGUUUGAUAAAUAUUUUAUGUAGUUUGCAAUACUAGU